AUGGCGAGCCAAGGCGAGCCGUCUUCCUCGGAUCCGAAGGGGAAGAAGGAUUACUCGACGGCGAUCCUCGAGAGGAAGAAAUCGCCGAACCGGCUGGUGGUCGACGAGGCCACCAAUGAUGACAACUCCGUCGUCGCUCUGCACCCGGACACCAUGGAGAGGCUCCAGCUCUUCCGCGGCGACACUGUCCUGCUCAAGGGUAAGAAGAGAAAGGACACUAUCUGCAUUGUGCUUGCAGAUGACACAUGUGAGGAGCCAAAGGUCCGGAUGAACAAGGUUGUCAGGACGAACUUGAGGGUGCGGCUUGGAGACGUGGUAUCUGUCCAUCAAUGCCCAGAUGUCAAAUACGGGAAGCGUGUGCACACACUUCCAAUUGAUGACACCAUUGAAGGCAUCACUGGCAACUUAUUUGAUGCCUUUCUGAAACCAUACUUCCUUGAAGCCUAUCGUCCUUUGAGGAAAGGAGACCUUUUCCUAGUCAGGGGUGGCAUGAGAAGUGUAGAAUUCAAAGUCAUAGAGACUGAUCCUCCAGAGUAUUGUAUCGUUGCACCAGAUACAGAAAUAUUCUGUGAGGGUGAGCCUAUUAAGAGGGAGGAUGAGGAAAGACUUGAUGAGGUUGGCUAUGAUGAUGUUGGUGGAGUUAGAAAGCAGAUGGCCCAAAUUAGAGAACUGGUUGAACUUCCGCUGCGUCAUCCCCAGCUUUUCAAGUCUAUUGGUGUGAAGCCACCAAAGGGCAUAUUGCUGUUUGGGCCUCCUGGAUCUGGCAAGACCCUUAUUGCUAGAGCUGUAGCUAAUGAGACAGGUGCUUUCUUCUUUUUGAUCAAUGGACCAGAAAUCAUGUCAAAGCUAGCAGGAGAAAGUGAAAGCAAUCUAAGAAAGGCAUUUGAAGAAGCUGAAAAAAAUGCACCUUCCAUCAUUUUUAUUGAUGAGAUAGAUUCCAUAGCUCCUAAGAGAGAAAAGACCCAUGGAGAAGUUGAAAGGCGUAUUGUUUCACAGCUCUUGACUCUUAUGGAUGGUCUUAAAAGGUUUGGUAGGUUUGAUCGUGAGAUUGAUAUUGGUGUUCCAGAUGAAGUUGGACGCCUUGAGGUUGACUUGGAGCUCAUUGCGAAGGAUACCCAUGGUUAUGUUGGUUCUGAUCUUGCAGCCCUUUGUACCGAAGCUGCUCUUCAUUGCAUCCGUGAGAAGAUGGAUAUUAUAGAUCUUGAGGAUGAGACCAUAGAUGCUGAGAUAUUGAACUCUAUGGCUGUCACAAAUGACCAUUUCAAGACUGCACUUGGGACAAGCAACCCAUCUGCUCUGCGUGAAACUGUUGUUGAAGUUCCAAAUGUCUCUUGGGAAGAUAUUGGUGGUCUGGAAAACGUCAAGAGGGAGCUACAGGAGACUGUUCAAUAUCCUGUGGAGCAUCCCGAGAAAUUUGAAAAGUUUGGCAUGUCUCCUUCAAAGGGUGUUUUGUUUUAUGGCCCUCCUGGCUGUGGCAAGACUUUGUUGGCCAAGGCAAUUGCUAAUGAAUGCCAGGCUAACUUCAUUAGUGUGAAGGGUCCUGAACUGCUUACCAUGUGGUUUGGUGAGAGCGAGGCUAAUGUCCGUGAGAUUUUUGAUAAGGCUAGGCAGUCUGCUCCAUGUGUCCUCUUCUUCGAUGAGCUUGACUCCAUUGCUACUCAGAGAGGAAGCAGUGUUGGUGACGCAGGCGGUGCUGCUGAUAGGGUGUUGAACCAGCUGCUUACUGAGAUGGAUGGCAUGAAUGCCAAGAAGACUGUUUUCAUCAUCGGUGCAACUAACAGACCAGAUAUCAUUGACCCUGCCCUGCUGAGGCCAGGGCGUCUGGAUCAGCUUAUCUACAUUCCUCUACCCGAUGAGCAAUCAAGGCUUCAGAUCUUCAAAGCCUGCCUCAGGAAGUCUCCUGUGGCUAAGGAUGUUGACUUGAAUGCUCUCGCCAAAUACACCCAGGGUUUCAGUGGUGCAGAUAUCACUGAGAUCUGCCAGCGUGCGUGCAAGUAUGCCAUCAGGGAGAACAUCGAGAAGGAUAUCGAGAGGGAGAGGCGCAGGAAGGACAACCCUGAGGCCAUGGAGGAAGACGAGGUAGACGACAUUGCUGAGAUCAAGGCUGCUCACUUCGAGGAGUCCAUGAAGUUCGCCCGCCGCAGUGUUAGUGACGCUGACAUCCGCAAGUACCAGGCCUUCGCCCAGACACUCCAGCAGUCUCGCGGGUUUGGCAGCGAGUUCCGGUUCCCCGACCAACCGACGGCAGCUGCAGGCUCUGCUGGUGCGGCUGAUCCCUUUGCAUCCGCUGCAGCAGCAGCUGACGAUGAUGACUUGUAUAAUUAG